ACUCAUUCCGGAACCAGGGUUCGAGUCCAUCGCUUUUACAUUCUGAAUCCUCCAGAUAUUCAUUUUACCCCUCCAGACCACAAACGUUAAGGGGCAACAACUCGUCUUCACCAGGACGAUAAACUAUAACAAAAAAAAAAUCAAAUAAUGAAUCAGCAUUAAAGACUCGCUGUGCAUUCUGGGCUCGGCCUCGCUCCCCACACACGUGGAUCCGAGUCAACAUGGUGCUCACUUCACGUGUGUUCGAACAUCUUCUACUGCGUCGCUCGCUUUCCCAGCCCGAUGUCACGCCGAUGAGAUAGCCUCCACACCCGGCUACCUGUGCAGGGUUGCAUUCAUCUUCCAUCACCUCCCUUCCCCUGCUUAUUCUGCUUUCUAAAAUAUGGCCAGCGGGGAUGACGACGACCCCAUCAUAGAGGAGAUUGACGUCUAUCUUGCCAAAAGCCUUGCAGAGAAGCUUUAUCUACUCCAGUACCCCGUGCGACCGUCCACCAUGACCUACGACGACGUCAACCUUUUGGCCGCCAAGAUCAAACCCAAGCAACAACGGGUGGAGCUGCAGAUGGCCAUGGACACCAAGAGCCCCAACUACUGUCGCAGCAAGGGCGAACAGAUAGCGCUGAACGUGGACGGCACCGGCUACGAGGAGAACAACACCUACUCCGUGAAAAUGAUGGACAAUCAGACCUUCUCGUCCAUCCAGGCCACCACCAACACCUCCCGAUAUGCUGCUGCCAUCUUCAGGAAAGGUGAACUCCAUGUGACUCCGCUGACCGGAAUCCUUCAGAUGAGGCCCAGCUUUGUUUACCUGGACAAGGCCGACAACAAAACCAGGGAGCGAGAGGCGGCCAACGAAGGUGGUGACUCGUCCCAGGACGAAGGAGAGGAGGAAGCCAAGGCCAUUUCGGUGAGGUUUGCCCGGCCCGAGUCGGAGCAGGCGCGUCAGAGGAGGAUCCAGUCGUACGAGUUCCUCCAGAAGAAGCAGGCUGAGGAGCCCUGGAUCCACCUGCAGUACCACGGCAUCAAGGAUGGGCGUUCUGAACACGAGAGGCAAUAUUUGUUCUGUCAGCGUGUAGACACCAGCGACAACUCUGAGCUCGUUAAAACGCCCAAGGAGUACCUCACUAUGCUGAUGCCGCCUCUGGCAGAAGAAAAGUUCGUAAAGCCCGUCGGCCCGAGCAACGUGCUCUCCAUGGCCCAGCUGCGGACGCUGCCGCUUGGGGAACAGAUCAAGACGCUGAUGAAGAACGUCAAGGUGAUCCAGUUCGCCAGCCUGAUGGGCCUGCUGGCCUCAGGCAGCGACUCCGUCUCGGUGCUGCGCUGCAUCCAGCAGGUGGCGCUGCUCGUCCAGGGCAACUGGGUGGUGAAGAGCGAUGUUCUGUACCCCAAGAACACGUGCAGUCCUCACAGCGGCGUCCCGGCUGAUGUGCUGUGUCGGGGGCGAGACUUUGUGAUGUGGCGGUACACUCUGGAACGUUCCCUGAUGAGAAAGGAAGUGACAGCCAUGAUCAAACUUCCCCCGGAGGACGUGAAGGACUUCUUGGAGCAGGUGGCGGUGCCGCGAGUCAACCGCGGCUGGGAGUUCCUGCUGCCCGCCGACGUGGACUUCGUCAAGAAACACGCCGACGUGGCCCAGCGGCAGCAAAUGCUGUGGCUGGGCAUCCAGAGCAAGUUGGAAAAAGUCUUCAACUUUUCGAAAGAGGACUUCUUGCCAAAGAAUUCUCUGCUACCUGAGCCGGUCCACAUCAGCGGCGAGCAGCGUCUGAAGUUGGCCCAGGAUCGCGCUCAGGAGAAGCAGGCUGCUCUCCAAAUGGAUCUGAACGCCAAGCGAGCAGGAAGCGCCAAGGUCCGCAUCAAACAGGAGCCCCUCAGCGACGGUGAGACCGAACCCAUGGACGUUUCCCCUCCACUGCCGUCGUCGUCGGGCAUUCCCAACGGUUCCCUCAACGGCUACCCCGGCGCGGGUCACGCCAACGGCGGCAGCCCCUCCAACGUGCCCUCCCCGGAGCUGCUGGACUUUGUGACAAAAACCUUCGGGAACAAUCCAGUGCUGACGCUGAAUGAGCUCAAGAGGCUCUUCAGCCUUCACCUGGCCUCCAUUCCGGCCGGGCACACCCCCUUCGGACCCGUGUCGGACCACAUGCUUCAGGACGCCGCGCUGCUCAGCCGCUGCAAACAGAUCAUGGUGCCUUUCCCCGCUCUGACCACGGCGUCUGCCGACGAGCAAAAGGUGUUCGGCUUGUGGGAGACAGGAGAGGACUUCGACAAGCACCGCCGCCUGCUGUACGAGAUGUUCACCAAAACUUACCGUGUGCGGCGGAGCGCGGUGCAAGCCCGGCUCAGCGAGGAGUUUGGCGACGUCUCCAAGACUGACCUGGACCGACUGCUCAAGGAAUGCUGCAGCAGCUAUGCCGGCAUGUGGUAUCUGAAAGGAACCAUCCAGUCCUGACCCAUGCAGCCCGCCCCCAAGGGCACGCUCACCCAAUCAAAGAGUCCCGAGGGAGCGCGGCCGAGGUGAGAGCCGGUCACGACGACGACGACGUCUGCCGCUGGGAACGAUGCAAAAAGAGGUCAUUGAAGGAGAAAUGCUCGAAACACAAAUGCCUCUUUUUUUUUUCUUUGGAGUUUGAUUUCUAAAGGACCUUUUUGAAGCCAAGAUGGCUGCCAAUUUGCGUUCAUCUUUUAAGAAAGUCAUGGAUGCAAUAGUCCAAAAGACACAAGUAGCCUCAAUCCUGAAAGCACGUGAUGGGAAUUUUUCUUUUAUCAUUAAUAUAAGGAAGACUAAAACCCCGAGCAAAUUUCGGACUUCAUUGAACUCAACUACCAAAUCGUGUUCAGGAUGACAGUAGUGGUCAGAAAGUCUUGAAACAAAAACUUUCCACUGCUGCGUUUUGUUUGCUUUUUACUCAAAUGUACAAAAUAACGGUUGUGGAUCAAUAAAAACAAAAAAUGAAAACAUUUACUUUUUUACAUUUUUGUUUACAGUUUAGUCUGUGUAGUUUUUCAACCAUGUACCUGAUUAGCUGGUCUGGAAAAGUUCCACAGCAAACUAAUGUUGACGAGUGAGACCAAAGCACUAUCAAGUCAAACCUGAAAGGUAAGCAGAGCCACAGUAUUAGCGCAGAUCAAUAUUAGCAUCUAAUAACUACGGUUGGAUAUCGUAAAAUUGAUGCAUAUUUCAGUGGCUUCCGGCUGAAAAUAUGCAAAUAAUAAUGCAGUACAAUCUCACGUAAACACAUUUGCUUUUUAAUUGUGACACUAAUUCAAUAAAUACACUUUGUUGAUACACUAAGAAAUGUAAACAAAAAGAAUGCUGUCUCAGAACAGUGAUAAUUUUUUUUUUUCCAUUCAAGAUUUACCAACUUGUGGCGCUCCAAGUAUUAUUUAUUUUUAAGUAUUUAAAGUAUUAUUCAUUUAUUAACACUUUAGGAAACCAGACAGUGACAAAAACAUUCCCUCAGGCAUCAAAUAUACAUAAAAUCAAGUAUCGCGUCAGGGAUAUUUUUUGCAUGAAAUUAAGCACCAUUGCUUUGUCCUCUUCUUUCACUAAGACACAUUCAGAGUUGCUAAGUUCAAGACGUAGAAGCUAGAAAUGGUAAGCAUUAAAGGUCCACAUUGGAAUCAGUAUCACAAAGUAGACAUUCCAAUAAAGUGGAGGAAAAAGUGCUGGAAAUAAUACAACGCGUAUUGUAAACUCAACGCUGGCAAAUAAAAUUAUUUUUUUCAAUGAAUGCGAGUUAUCACCAAUCAUGACAUUUAUUUUUUGCAGCUUGUGAUGGUUGUAAAUCCCCGCUAACGUGCUUUGCUUCAACUAACUACCGAGGUGCGAACAGAAAAGAGUUAGAAAGU